GAAUACUAGUUUUUAUUUUUGUUUUAGGUAUUUGUCAACCCGCAGACGAAAAAAUGUAAUAAUGGAAAAUAAACUACAUCCUGGAGACCCUCGAAGUAAUGUGGCAAAAUUUAGUGCAUUCGAUCCUGACAAAUAUGUUAUUGACGACGUUGCUCUUACUGUUCGUACUAAUGAGGCUUUGACACCAGGCCGACCUCCUUCCUUGACACAGCAAACUAUUGGCAAACUUCUACAACCACUAACUAGAGAAUUGGUCGAAGUUCCGCCUAGGCCUACUAUUGAUGAACUGCCUGACGCCGUAAUUGAUCAUAUGGUACAAAGAGAUAAAGCCUUUUGGGUUGACAAACCUGGCACUAAUGCAUAUACGCUACAUGACGCCUAUUACAAUUAUGGUAUGACAACGGAGAUAGUCAAGCCACCACACCAGGAGGUAUUCCCUCGUUCUUAUCAGUACGAUCUUGACUGUAUAAAGUAUCGUCGCCAACAUGCCUGCGAUGGUCUUAAAAAAACUGAAGAAAUGCUACAAAAACCGCUUAGUGCUCAUUGCCGAGACUGCAAUAAAUAUAAUACUCCUAGCCCGACCCCUUUUCAAUUGGCUUGGACUCAAAAUCCUGAUCAAAGGAGAUGGAGAUACUAUCCUGACCUAACUGCUACGCUCACAGCAGAAGAAAUACGACAGUUAAUGAACGAAGUAGGACGUCCGUUUUAUAAUGAAGCUUGUCAAUGGUACAAUAAAAAUUACACGUCUGUAAAAUACAAUUGCAUUUUACGUAAAUUCUCGAAAUAAAUAUUAUCUCUUGUUCACAGUUAAUUUCUAUAAUUCUUAAAAAGUUUAAUUUGAUAAUUAACAUAGUAAUCAGAAUUAGUGUGAAAAUGAACACAAUGUGGAAGUUAUUCGCGGAAACAUAGUGUAACCCAGCAUUGUUUAUAGGUUCACUUCCUAUCUCUUAUCAGCAUGUAUGUAUUUUUUAAAUAUAAUAAACGAAUAGU